AUGGCUGCAACAGCUGUAAUCGGACGAUCAUUUUCUGAUGCACUCUAUGAACGAUAUUGUGAUUUUGAUUCAUCAUGGGACGAUUUAAAAAAUGGAUGUGAUAUUGUCUUUUUUGUUGGAACAUCACCAAAAAAAACAGAAUCUGGUCUUGUAUUAACAUCGUCAAGUGUUGUAUUAACAGAUGAAAAAAUCUCUCAUGUUGGUGAUCCACGCGCAGUUGAACAUACCUGUUGUCACGUUGAACUUGUCGAUAUAUCGUCGAAUGAAUUUUCAGAUUGGCAAGAAAUAUCUCUUUUACUCAGUUCAUUGCCACAUGUUAAAAAUAUCAAUAUGAGUUUUAAUCCAUUUCCAACAUCAUUACAUAUUCUACCAGAUGAUAUUCAAUGGCCUAAUUUGAAUACAUUGUGUCUUAAUGGUAGUCGUAUACCUUUUGAAAUGGUUAUUGAACUUUUAAAAAAAACGCCAAAUUUAGAAGAACUUCAAUUAUGUGCAAAUGGAUAUAAAACGCUAAAAUUUUCCUCAAAUGAUUUUAAACAUUUAAAAUUAAAACGUAUUUAUAUUUCAAAUAAUGAACUGGAAGAAUGGAUUGAUUUAUGUCAACUGGGUCUAUUAUUUCCACAAUUAGAAACACUGAUAGCAAGUGAAAAUCCUUUACAAACAUUUUGUUUAAAUAAUUAUCCUGAACAAACGUCCUGGACUGUGAUCGAUUAUUUUCCAAAAUUAACAACAUUAAGCGUUAAUCAAGUACAAAUAAAACAAUGGGACGAUAUUAUUGAAUUAAAUCAAAUUCCAAAUUUAAAUACAUUAAGAAUACACGCAGCACCAUUACUCAAACCAUACAAAAAAGAAGAACGCUUUUUUCUUAUUCUUGGUUUUAUGCCAAAAUUAUCUAAAUUUAACGGUAGUUAUAUAACGGCGAAUGAGCGUGAAACAAAUGAACGAAGAUUUAUUCGAUACUAUGCUGAAAGAGAUGAUAAACCACAAAGAUAUUAUGAUUUAAUAAAUAAACAUGGUCAGUUAAAACCAUUGGUUGAUAUUAAAAUUCGUGCACCUUAUGCGACAACCGUUACUCUUGUAUAUAAUCAAUAUUCGAUCGAAAAAGAAAUUGAUUUAAGACAAACUGUUCAACAACUUAAAAAAUUAUUAGAAACAGAAUUUCAUGUACCAGCAUCUCGAAUGAGAUUAUUUUAUGUUGAUGAAUUGGCCUUUAAUAUGGGCGUAGGUGGACCCGAAGAACUGAAAUAUCCACAACGAUUACUACAUACCUACAAUGUACAUGAUCAAGAUAAAUUUUUUAUUGAUCUUAAAAAUGAUUUAGUAUCAUCAGCAACAGCAACAACUAAAAAAUAUUUACUAACAAAGACAAAAAAUAGACAAGCAGCGGAAGAAUCAAGUGCACGUCGAAAAAUCCUAGAUUCACCGUCGAAACAACAAUCAGUGGAGAAUAAUUAUCGUCCAGAUUCAUCAUUUUCAACAUCAUCCGAUGAUGAUAAACAAUCCCAUCAUCAAGGAGAAGAAAAUCCAUUUUCAUUCAGUUAUAUUCAAAACUUUAAUAAUGAACAACAACAACAACAGAUACAAGAACAAUUAAUUAAAUUAGACGAUAUCGAUCAUUUAUUACCAUCAUUGACAACAACGACUUUAAUAUAUGAUGAUGAUUUACUUUCAGCUGCUUGUGCCAGUGUACUAACGACAAUGACAAAUCCUUCCGAAUAA